GCUUCCUUUUGGUUCUGUCCUAUUUGGUUGGACAGGGUUAUUGCGGAGGGCGGGGAAGGGUUGUUUGGAACUCCUUGCACGGUAAGGUAAACUGAGGCGAGGCUGGGAGUGGGGAUCUUUGCGCCUGGCUGUACUGGAGAUCUGGAGACAGCAUCUCUGGACUCGAGGAGUGUAGGGCUGGAGACCAGAAGCUCGGAGAUUUCUCAAGUUGACGAGAUUAGGAGUUCCCCAGACACCUAUCCGCGGCCUCUGCUCGGGCCCAGCACUCUCCACUUGCCACCUGUGCCCGGAGGCGCCUGCCUCCAUCCUCCCGAAUGGUGCGCCUCCUCGCAGGCCUCGGCCCAGGAUCCAGGCCUCUGCCCGUUGCUUCGGAGCAGCAGCUCCCCGUGGCUGGGAGGAAAGAACUUUUGCACAGACUAGGCUAUAGCUCUAAGCACCCCGCUGACGACUGGAAUCUCCGCCUCUAACUCUGCGAGUUCUUCCUGUGCCCCCUUUACCAGUCUUUGAGAAGAGAAACCUUUUUUGCCACACAGAGCCCGGGAAACCCCAAGCUGGGGCUCUGGCCCCAGCAUGUCAGUCCUCUUUUGUGCAUAGGGCUGUGCCCUCUCCCCGUCAGCAUGGCUGAGCUCAGGCAGGUUCCAGGGGGCCGGGAGACCCCUCAGGGGGAGUUGCGGCCAGAGGUUGUGGAGGAUGAAAUCCCUCAGAGCCCAGUCACGGAGGAGCCCCGAGGAGAUGGAAGCAACAGCAGUGAGUCCAAAUUGUCCCGCGGGGAGGAGGAAGAGCUGGAUCCUCGAAUACAGGUCCAGUCUGGGGGCAAGUGCUCUGGGUGUUCUGCCCUGGCGUUGUGCUGCCCAGGAAGAGCUGGAGCACCUGAACCAGGCCAGCGAGGAGAUCAACCAGGUGGAGCUGCAGCUGGACGAGGCCAGGACCACCUAUCGGAGGAUCCUUCAGGAGUCAGCGAGGAAGCUCAACACUCAGGGCUCCCACUUGGGGAGCUGCAUCGAGAAGGCUCGACCCUAUUAUGAGGCUCGGCGGCUGGCUAAGGAGGCCCAGCAGGAGACACAGAAGGCAGCUUUGCGGUACGAGCGGGCUGUGAGCAUGCACAAUGCUGCCCGGGAGAUGGUGUUUGUGGCAGAGCAGGGAGUCAUGGCUGACAAGAACCGACUGGACCCUACGUGGCAGGAGAUGCUCAACCACGCCACCUGCAAGGUGAACGAGGCGGAGGAGGAACGGCUUCGUGGCGAGCGGGAGCACCAGCGGGUGACACGGCUGUGCCAGCAGGCUGAGGCUCGGGUGCAAGCCCUGCAGAAGACCCUCCGGCGGGCCAUUGGCAAGAGCCGCCCCUACUUUGAGCUCAAGGCCCAGUUCAGCCAGAUCCUGGAGGAGCACAAGGCUAAGGUGACAGAGCUGGAGCAGCAGGUUGCUCAGGCCAAGACCCGCUACUCUGUGGCCCUGCGCAAUCUGGAGCAGAUCAGUGAGCAGAUUCAUGCACGACGCAGGGGCCUGCCCCCACACCCCUUGGGCCCCCGGCGGUCUUCCCCUGUGGGCGCUGAGGCUAGGCCAGAGGAGGAUGGAGACAGUGGGAUCAUUGAGGGGGCUGAGGGUGGAGCCCCAGAAGAGGGUUGCAGCCUGGGGCCUGCUCCUGCCGGGGAUUCGGACACUCUGAGCCUGCUGAGUCUGCGCACAGUGGCUUCGGACCUGCAGAAGUGUGACUCCGUGGAACACCUGCGGGGACUGUCGGACCAUGCAAGUCUAGACGGCCAGGGGCUGGGUCCCCAGAGCGGGGGCCGAGGGGGCCGCCAUCAGCGCAGCAUUAGUCUGUAGCCCAUACUCAGGGUGGUUGUGUGUCCCUUACCACUGCUGGCCCAUGCAGGGCCACGUGGGCUCCCAACUCCUCUGCUGGGGGCCUUGCUUCCCCUGGAGAGGCUGGGUUGGCUGCGACUGAGUCCUCUUGUCAUUUGUGCCCUCCCCCCAGGUGUUGCCUUACUCUUCAGAAGGCUUAUCUCCGGUCCUCACAGUCUGUCCAUGCCCUUUGCUGGCCCCUUUCUGACUUCUCUUCUCCUGCCUGGCUUUUCCCCUCAGGUAAUUUGGUCUGGGAGGCACAGGGAAGCCCUUCACAAAAGGUGGGACCUGAAUCCAAUGUCUCAGGCCCCCCAGCUUGAGUGGAUGGACACGCAUUCCUUCUACCUCCCCUGUCUCCCAAGGGGCCCUAGGGAUGUGGCAGAGCCUUCUUGGCAGCCCUGCCCCCAUGCUCUGUCUCAGUCAGCCUGUGUGUAAUCUGUAAGAUGCAUUGUGUGGCUCUGUGCCUUUGGAAGACACAGCCUCUGUCCUUUCAGUGCUCCAUUCUCAUGACCUAAUCCACUUUGCUCUAGGUGCCCCAGAGCAAGACUUGAAGGGUGCUGCUGGCAGGAAAGGUGAAACCCGGCCCCAGUGUCAACACGGGACCAUGGGCUCCCAUGUGCUUUGCUUUCCCAGCAGGGCUGGGCCCUCAACAUUGCCAAGGUGCUAGUGGGUCUCUGCUAGGGUCCCUGUUGGGAGUAGAGAGUAAUGAGGUCCUGGUGUGGAGUGAGGUUUACUUUAAAGGAUGCUGAGCUGGAUCUUGGCCUCCUGCAGGAUGGAGUUAGGAAUUUGGUGCUCUUCCACCAACUAAAUGAUACCUACUUGAAGGUCCCUGGGGAAUGCCCAAGAGUGGGUGCCCCUGGUGUUGAGAGAGGACUCACCCUCUUCAGGGAAUAGCUCCAGGUGUCUGGUAGUGCUGCCAGCCUGUGUGUAGGGGCGGGGUGGGGAAGCCCCACUGAGUCUGGGAGCCUUGGGGGGACUGGUGGUUCCUGCCCCAGCCUAGGAGGGCUGGGCUGGGCUGGCAUGCUGCUGUCAGCAGAGCAGUUGGCCUGCACAUGGAUGCUGUUUCCCUGUUCCAGGGUCCAGGCAGGAUGGUCACAAUGAGAACCUCUGGGUUUGAGGUGGUCAUGGCUGUGUUUGUGUGUCCAUGUGCCAAUAUGGGGGGAAGUGUCAUCCCUAAUUUUAUAUAAAUAAAAUAGUUUAUGUAACAGUAAUGUUUACCUCUCCUACCCCAGAAAGAAGCAUAGGGAAAGGGGAAUAGCAGGGUGAUGGGGGUCUCUGUUGGUGGAGUGGUCAGGGAAGGUCCCGGGGUGGUAGAGAAGAGUUGAAUCUGUGAUCUAGCCAGGCCAAGGGGGGAAGAGAGGGCUUCUGGCUCAUGGCUGGGGUGAGCCCACAGGGGAGGCUCCCCAUCCUGCCUGUUGGGUGGGGACAGGUGUGUAGGGUGGAGUGGUGUGGACUCACUGGUUAUUUAUUGUCCAUGUGAGUGCCACUCCUGGAUGUGAGUGAAUAUGAAGAAAGGGUUACAGGAUUUAGUAAAUACACAGGUUGUCUGGCUAGCUUUGAAUUUCAUAUAGUGAAUGAUUUUUUGUCCCCUGAACUAUUAGGUCAUACUUAGUUAUUUCUGUUCUAUCUGAUAUCACAUUCUAACACAUAAAAGGUGACUCCCAAGCGAGGGCUUGCUCUGUUGUGGCGCAAGGAGGGUUUGAGUGCCUUUGGACCCCAGCCUGUGAAACAUCCAGUGGCAUCAGGUGUAGAAGGGCCAAGAACUUCAGGAGCAUGAGGUACACGAAGGCUUCUGGCUGAGCCCCAUCAGGGUUGCACCUGCCUAUUCAGGCAGCCGAGGAUUGGAGUUAGCCAAAUCCAAAUGAAAUGGAGAAGGUGCUGUUGGGAGAGCGGGAGACCACUGGAAACCUGCUGUGAAAUGAGGCCUGAAGACCCUGUAGGGGCUGGCAAAGGCCAGGAGCUAGAGGGACAGGAGAGCAGAGCAGCAACUGGUGACCUCAGAUGGGACAUUAGCAGCCACUGUGUAUGGAACGUACACUGUACCCUUUGACAGAUACUGUCCAGGUGUGAGGCUGCCUUUACUCAGAAGUAAGGGAAGUGUGGUUGGGCAGAUGGGUGCCACAGUGUUCAUUUACCCCUAGAAAAGUGCUAUGAAUGCAUGGCCUGUGUCCUUGGGCAGGUGAGCUUUUUGAGAUGACGCCCAGGUCAUCCUUUUCUCUCUAGUCCCUGGCAGUGCAGACCUGUAAGGCUCCUGGUGUGAAGGGACCCAGGAAAGAAGGGCUGGCUGUGGAGGCCCGUUUCUUGCAAAAUCACCUGCCACAUAAGACCAGUGGGGAGAGACCAGAAAAGUUAAAGCUGACGAUGCUUCCUCUAAGUGGAAUAAAAUGGCCACAGUGUAAGCACCCCCAGUUGGAUCCCUACAGCAGUGGCCAGCACUAGCCCAGGGCGUAUCCCAUGCAAGGUAUGUACAU